UUUUUCUGUUUUUAGUGUUGCUUUUCUAAUAAAAACAACCACUUCAAAGCAGCCGCCACCUCUUCUUACCACUUUCAUUCCACUCAACACCAAACCUUAGCUAAAACAAAACUCAAACCCAACACAAAAAUGAUACAAAACCACAACCAAAUUCACUCUUAACAACUAAAUCCAACACAAUAUGAGCCUCAGACCACAACCUCCUUCACGCGCCAGAAAUGGACCACACGCGCCGCCUCCCCCACCACCAAUGCCAAACAUCUUCAACAUAAUCCCCAUCCACGACCUCUUCUCCGACCACCCUUCUCUCCGCUACCCAGAAGUCCGAGCCGCCGCCGCCGCCUUACGCGACGUCAGCGGCUUACCAAAACCACCGUUUGUCACAUGGGACCCGCAUCUCGACUUAAUGGACUGGCUCGGGUUACUAUUCGGGUUUCAAAGAGACAACGUGAAGAACCAGAGAGAACACUUAGUACUUCACCUGAGCAACUCACAAAUGCGGCUGCAACCGCCGCCGGCGGUACCCGACUCGCUUGACCCGAAAGUUCUGCGGCGGUUUCGGAGUAAGCUGUUGAGUAACUAUAUUUCUUGGUGUUCUUUUAUUGGCCGGAAAUCUGAAGUUAUACUGUCUAAACGUAAUGUUAAUAAUUCUGAUCAGCUACGUAGAGAGUUAUUGUAUGUUGGUUUGUUUUUGUUAAUUUGGGGCGAGGCUGCAAAUUUAAGGUUUAUGCCUGAGUGUUUGUGUUAUAUUUAUCAUUUUAUGGCUAUGGAGUUGAAUAAAAUUCUUGAUGAUUGGACUGACCCUAGUACUGGUAGAUCAUUUGUGCCGUCGAUUUUCGGCGAAUGUGCGUUUUUGAAGAGUGUAGUUAUCCCUUUUUAUCAUACUAUUAAGGUUGAAGUUGAUAGUAGUAAUAACGGGACGAAGCCGCAUUCUGCGUGGCGGAAUUACGACGAUUUGAACGAGUUUUUUUGGAGUCGAAGGUGUUUUCGGAAACUCGGAUGGCCGAUCAAUUUCGGGAGUAACUAUUUUGGUACGACUGAGAAGCCUAAGAGAGUUGGGAAGACGGGGUUUGUUGAGCAGAGGUCGUUUUGGAAUGUGUUUAGGAGUUUCGAUAAGCUUUGGGUUUUGCUUAUUUUGUAUUUGCAGGCGAGUAUUAUUGUUGCUUGGGCGGGUACGAAAUAUCCGUGGCAGGCGUUGGAGAGUCGUGAUGUGCAGGUCGAGUUGUUGACUUGUUUUAUUACUUGGGCUGGGCUUAGAUUUUUGCAGUCGGUUCUUGAUGCCGGGACUCAGUAUAGCUUGGUUUCGAGGGAUACUAAGCUGCUCGGGUUUAGAAUGGUGUUAAAAAGUAUGGUUGCGUUGACAUGGGCGGUUGUGUUUGGGGUGUUUUAUGCGAGGAUUUGGAGUGCAAAGAAUUCUGCGGGAUUUUGGUCUUCUCAGGCCAAUGAUAGAAUUGUGAUGUUUCUCGAGGCUGUCGUUGUGUUUGUUAUCCCGGAAAUGCUGGCUUUGGUGCUUUUCGCUCUUCCCUGGAUUAGAAAUGCACUCGAGGAAUUGGAUUGGAGUAUUUUCUAUGUGUUGACAUGGUGGUUUCAUCAACGGAUUUUUGUUGGACGUGGACUUAGAGAAGGACUCAUUAAUAAUAUCAAGUAUACAAUCUUUUGGAUUGUGGUUCUGGCUUCGAAAUUUAUAUUCAGUUAUUUCUUUCAAAUCAGGCCGCUUGUUGCCCCAACAAGAGCUCUUUUGGAACUUAAGGAUGUCAAGUAUAAUUGGCACGAAUUUUUCGGCAGCAGUAAUAAAAUUGCAGCUAUUUUAAUUUGGCUACCUGUUGUUUUAAUAUAUUUUAUGGAUUUGCAGAUCUUUUAUUCUAUUUACUCUUCCUUUGUUGGUGCAACGAUCGGGCUGUUUUCGCACUUGGGCGAAAUUAGGAACAUUGAUCAGCUUCGACUGAGGUUUCAGUUUUUUGCCAGUGCUUUGCAGUUUAAUCUCAUGCCUGAAGAACAGUUGCUAAGUCCUAAGAUGACAUUGGUGAAGAAAUUACGCGAUGCAGUCCACAGAUUGAAACUUAGAUAUGGGCUUGGUCGGCCUAUAAAAAAGAUUGAAUCGAGCCAAGUCGAGGCAACCAGAUUUGCUCUGAUAUGGAAUGAAAUCAUCACAACUUUACGGGAAGAAGAUAUCAUCAGCGAUCGAGAGCAUGAGCUCUUAGAACUUCCGCCUAAUUCUUGGAACAUUAGGGUUGUACGUUGGCCGUGUGUGUUAUUGUGUAACGAGCUACUGCUUGCUCUCAAUCAGGCGAAAGAACUGGCAGAUGCACCGGACAGGUGGAUUUGGUUAAAAGUAAGCAAGAGUGAGUACAGGCGAUGUGCUGUAAUUGAAGCUUACGAUAGCGUCAAGUAUCUGCUUCUCACUGUUGUUAAAUAUGGCACGGAGGAACAUUCCAUUGUUGAAAAAUAUUUUGAGGAGAUAGAUAACAGCAUUCAGUUUGAGAAAGUCACUGAGGCUUACAACAUGAAAGCACUGGAACGAAUCCAUUCCAAAAUAAUAGCAUUUGUUGAGUUUCUGUUGGGACCGAGGAAGGAUCCGAACAAGGUAGUGAACAUAUUGCAGGCUUUGUAUGAGCUUUGCGUUCGGGAAUUUCCAAGGGGAAAGAGCAAUAUUGAGCAACUGAGGCAGAAAGGUCUAGCUCCUCAGAAUCCACGCACCAAAGAAGAGCUACUCUUUGAGAAUGCUUUUGAGCUUCCAGAUCCUGAAGAUGAGUUAUUCAAUAGGCAUUUACGGCGUUUGCGCACAAUUCUUACCUCCAGAGAUUCCAUGCAUGAUGUUCCAAAGAAUCUUGAGGCAAGACGACGUAUUGCUUUUUUUAGUAAUUCGCUCUUCAUGAACAUGCCUCAUGCUCCUAAAGUUGAGAAAAUGAUGGCUUUCAGUGUUUUGACCCCAUAUUACGAAGAAGAAGUCUGUUUUCCCAAAGAAAUGCUUCGACGGCCAAAUGAAGAUGGCAUUUCUACCAUCUUUUAUCUGCAGAAGAUCUAUGAAGAUGAGUGGAAUAAUUUUGUGGAGAGAAUGCGCCGAGAAGGAAUAGACGAUGUUGAAGACAUCUGGGAACAAAAGUCUAGGGAUCUCCGUCUUUGGGCUUCAUACAGAGGCCAGACUUUAGCCCGCACUGUUAGGGGCAUGAUGUAUUAUUAUCGAGCACUUGAGAUGCUUUCGUUUCUCGAUUCUGCAUCUGAGAUGGACAUAAGGAUGGGUACCCAAGAACUAGCUUCUCAUCAUUCAUCAAGUCGCUACCGCAGUAUCAAUGAUAUACCUUCAGUCAAGCCACCGUCUUUAAAUAAACUCGGAAGAGCCGGUAGCAGCGUAAGUCUUCUGUUCAAAGGGCAUGAGUAUGGAGAUGCUCUGAUGAAAUUCACUUAUGUAGUGUCUUGCCAAGUGUAUGGGCAGCAUAAGGCAAGGGGAGAUCAACGCGCCGAUGAGGUUUUAUAUCUUAUGAAAAACAAUGAGGCCCUUCGAGUUGCAUAUGUCGAUGAAGUUCACUUGGGGAGGGAUGAAGUUGAGUACUACUCAGUUCUUGUAAAGUAUGAUCAGCAGUUGCAGAGUGAAGUCGAGAUUUAUCGUAUUAGGCUGCCUGGUCCUCUGAAGCUUGGGGAAGGUAAACCAGAAAAUCAGAACCAUGCCAUAAUCUUUACUAGAGGCGAUGCAGUUCAGACCAUCGACAUGAAUCAGGAUAACUCUUUUGAGGAGGCACUCAAGAUGCGGAAUUUGCUGGAGGAAUUUAAGACCUACUAUGGCAUUAGAAGACCAACCAUUUUAGGUGUUCGUGAGAAUAUCUUCACAGGGUCAGUUUCCUCACUUGCUUGGUUCAUGUCUGCUCAAGAAACUAGCUUUGUGACACUCGGACAGCGUGUUCUUGCUAACCCGCUGAAGGUAAGAAUGCAUUAUGGGCACCCUGAUGUGUUUGAUAGGUUCUGGUUCUUUACUCGGGGCGGAAUCAGCAAGGCUUCUCGAGUGAUCAAUAUCAGCGAAGAUAUAUUUGCUGGAUUUAACUGUACACUUCGAGGUGGUAAUGUGACACAUCACGAAUAUAUACAGGUUGGUAAGGGAAGGGAUGUUGGAAUGAAUCAGGUUGCAAUGUUCGAGGCAAAAGUCGCAAGUGGCAACGGGGAGCAGGUUUUGAGCAGAGAUGUUUACCGAUUGGGCCACAGGUUAGAUUUUUUUCGUAUGCUGUCAUUUUACCACACAACGGUAGGAUACUACUACAAUACAAUGAUCCUAGUGGUGAGUAUUUAUGCAUUCUUGUGGGGCCGCCUUUAUCUUGCUCUCAGUGGCGUUGAACGUCAUGCCAGAUCCAAUACUAGCAAUAACAGGGCUUUGGGUGCAAUUUUGAACCAGCAAUUCAUUAUCCAGCUUGGCUUGUUCAGUGCCCUCCCAAUGAUUGUGGAGAACUCUCUAGAACAUGGGUUUCUUUCAGCUAUUUGGGACUUCUUGACAAUGCAAUUGCAGCUAUCUUCACUUUUUUUCACAUUUUCUAUGGGAACUCGUAGUCAUUUCUUUGGGCGGACUAUUCUGCAUGGAGGUGCCAAAUACAGAGCCACUGGACGAGGUUUCGUGGUGCAGCACAAGAGUUUUGCUGAGAACUAUAGAUUAUUUGCUCGAAGCCAUUUUAUAAAGGCAACUGAACUUGGAGUCAUUUUGACAGUAUAUGCUGCCAAUAGUGCUUUGGCUGCAAAUACUUUUGUUUACAUAAUAAUGACAAUCUCGUGCUGGUUUCUUGUCGUUGCAUGGAUAAUGUCCCCAUUUGUGUUCAAUCCUUCUGGCUUUGAUUGGCUAAAGACUGUAUAUGACUUUGAAGAUUUUAUGAACUGGAUAUGGUUUCGGGGAGUGUUAGCAAAAGCAGAUCAAAGCUGGGAAACAUGGUGGUAUGAGGAGCAGGACCAUCUAAGAACAACUGGUCUCUGGGGAAAACUGCUAGAGAUAAUACUCGAUCUCCGUUUCUUCUUCUUCCAGUAUGGUGUUGUAUAUCAUCUGAACAUUAGCGGCGGAAACACCAGUAUAGCUGUUUACCUUUUAUCUUGGAUAUACAUGAUUGCGGCUGUUGGAAUUUACGUCAGCAUAGCAUAUGCUCAGGACAAGUUUGCGGCGAAGGAGCAUAUCAAAUAUAGGCUAGCUCAGCUAAUAGUCAUUUCGCUUACGAUGCUUGUGAUAGUUCUACUACUGCAUUUGACCCCUUUCAAUCUUCUCGAUUUUGUGAGCAGCUUUUUGGCUUUUAUUCCCACGGGCUGGGGACUCAUAUGCAUUGCUCAAGUGCUUCGGCCUUUUUUGCAAUCCAGUAUUGUGUGGGAUACUGUUGUCUCAUUGGCUCGUCUUUAUGAUUUGCUGUUUGGAAUUAUUGUUAUGGCUCCUGUCGCAUUUUUUUCGUGGUUGCCCGGGUUUCAGUCGAUGCAAACAAGGGUCCUAUUCAACGAGGCAUUCAGCAGAGGCCUUCAGAUUUCUCUUAUUGUUACUGGGAAAAAGUCUAAUUGAUGAAACUCAAGAACUUUUGGAGCAACUGGUUUAUACAACAGUAGAGUCUAAGGUGGCUUUUUGAAGUGAUUAUUCCAAGGAAGAUCCUGAUUUCGCGCCUAUCCGCUACUCUUGUCCCUGUACAGAACUCUCAGAACUUAUCGAUAGGCAUUUUUGUCUAGCUCUAGCCUUAAUUAUUCACUUUAUGACUCUGUACAUAUGCUUGUAGGUUUUAGCUCAGUCUUGCUUGUUAAAAGUAGUUUCUGAUUAUGUGCCACUAAUUAUGCUCUAGCACUUGUGAUUUUUUUCAAUCUUUGAUUCAUUAAUCAGCUAGUUUAGGUGUUGGAAUCUAGUUGAUGGUUUUAGAAUUAUUUCUGCGAAAGUGUAAAAUUGGUCGAAGGUCAAACAGUGUUAUUUUUGGCAUUGGAAUUAGUUUUUCAAUAAUGAUGAUUUAUCAUUUUUCCAGGUA